GCAACGUGUAUCUGAACCAGGAAGGACUCGUGUAGCUAAGCGCUGGUAGCUAGCUGCGGUUAGCACAGAGGAGUGAGAGUGUGCUGCAGCAAAGUUGAUCUCAGUUAGAUUUAUGAGAGCAUCUGCCUGACAAGUGUUUUAAACACAUGUCAGGCAAAGUCGUGCUUAGCAGGCAGUCCUGUCGCUGGUAGGAGAGGAGCGAAAAUCGUGUAUGAAAAUGAUUUUCUUACCGCUGUCUGAUAGGCCAUGAUAGGCUUGUCAGGUUAUGCAGGGGUUAUGGAAAGUCUAAUGAAAUCUGCUGAGGAGCAGCAACCCUCCUCUCCCCUGGCCAACUCUUGGUCCUUAAAACAGGAACCAAGCAAGAAUCAAGAGCCCAAAUGUGUUGGUGGAUUUGUCUUAGUGCAUGCAGGAGCUGGAUACCAUUCUGAAUCUAAGGCCAAGGAAUACAAGCAUGUGUGCAAAAGAGCCUGCCAGCGAGCUGUGGACCGACUCAAAGCCGGGGCACUUGCAGUGGAAGCAGUGGCCGCAGCACUGGUUGAACUUGAGGACUCUCCUUUUACCAACGCGGGCAUGGGCUCCAACCUUAAUUUGUCAGGGGAAAUUGAAUGUGAUGCGAGUAUCAUGGAUGGGAAGUCGCUGCAUUAUGGGGCCGUAGGGGCUAUUAGUGGUAUUAAGAACCCAGUCUUAGUUGCAAACCGUCUACUGAUUGAAGCACAGAAGGGGAAACUAUCAGCUGGCAGAAUACCACCCUGCUUUUUAGUGGGGCGAGGAGCACACGAUUGGGCAGUCGGCCAUGGCAUACCACCGUGCCCUUCAGAGAAAAUGGCAACCAAGUUUAGUUUAUCUGCGUACAAGAGGAACAAGCGAAAGAUGGAGCUGGCAGAAAAAAUGGACACAGGACAUAAUCAGGCCAAGAAAAGACGACAAUCAAGUGAGAAUGAAAAUGGCUCAGGGUGCCUGGACACAGUGGGGGCCGUUGUGGUAGAUCUGGAAGGGAACGUAGCUGCAGCGGUGUCCAGUGGAGGUCUGGCCAUGAAACAUCCCGGCAGGGUUGGCCAGGCCGCUCAUUAUGGAUGUGGCUGCUGGGCAGAAAAUGCUUGUAAUAUGAACCCUUACUCUACAGCAGUGAGUACCUCAGGCUGUGGAGAGCAUCUGAUUCGCACCAUGCUGGCACGGGAAUGCUCUGCUGCCAUGCAGUCUGAGGAUGCCCAUCAAGCACUGCUGGAGGCUAUGCAAAACAAGUUCAUCAGCUCGCCCUUUCUGUCCAGUGAGGACCGUGUUUUGGGCGGAGUAAUUGUCUUGCGCUGCUGCGGAUGUGUGGAAGCUCAGCCAUCUCCAAAUAUUCAGGGUAUACUGGUGGAGUUCUUAUGGAGUCACACCACAGAGAGCAUGUGUGUUGGCUACAUGUCCGCCCAAGAUAGCAAAGCAAAGACACACAUUUCCAGAUUACCACCUGGGACGGUUCCUGGACAGUGCUUGGCCAUCGAAGGAGGUGUGUGUCGCCUGACGAGCGCAGCAGAGUGAUCCGCAUUCGCAACUCCUUCUGGGCUUCUUCUGCAAUACUCCCUGACAAAACCCCACAAACACACCGCCCUCACAUCCCCGCCACCUUUGUGAAGUAAUAAGCUUUAGCUGUUUUAGCAGGUGCCCAGGAAGGAAGGAGGGGUGUUAGGCUCUACUUAGUGCACUUACAGGACUUCCCUUUGCCACGGUCUGCCUCCAGCAUGUACUCUGUAUAAAUCCCAGCCCCCCCCCCAAAAAGCUCUCCAGUGUCACCUGGAUUAGACUUGAUGCACCAUUGCCUUGAUGCACCAAUUUUUCUUUAUUACUCUUUUCCUUUCCUACUCUUUUUUUCCUUUUGUAUAUAAGCUAUGAUUUAGGAAAACAGGGUGGAUGUUCAUGUUGUUUUGUAUCGCUGAACAGAUGUGGCUUUUUUCAAGCAUUUAGGAAUUUAAAAUGCAGGACCUUAUUUUGUUCUUAAAGUACUUUUCAAGUUUAAAAACGAUGUCAGAUUGCACCUUGUGGAAUGCCUGCUAAUCAAGAUAAUUGUUAACGAGUGAAGCAUUUAUAGCUGUGAGAGUUGACCAGUAAUGAUAAAAAGCAAUUCACAAUGUUAACACAUACAGAUCAACUUCAAUGUGAUUGUACACACACGUCAUUAUUAAUCCUAUAGCAUACCAUAUAAUGUAGCAUAACGUUCAUCUUAGAUCAUGAUGCAUUUUAUAACCAUUUCAGCCAUAGAAUGUGUGCUUUGAUUGUUUUAAAAUGUGAAUACAUAGAUAUUGCAUGUGCAGAAAUCUACGGUAAGCCACUUUGUGUUCUCUGACUGGCGUAGAGUCGAUCAAGAUGCAGAAACCUACGCUGAUACAUACGGGCUCAGGUAGCAGCAUUUGACCCUACCGCCAAGGGUGACUGUUAGUCAUCAUUUUAAAAUAACAAUUUAUAUUUGUAUAGUCACAAUGACAGAGACAUGUAUUUUCUUGCAAAAAAAAAAAAAAAAAAAAAAAGGACGGCUAAAUGCUAAUUUAUGUAUCAAGUCAAUGAAUUUGUGCUGUUGAGAAUUGUACUUGAAAGUAGUAAGGGUCUACAUUUCUGUUUUGAUAAUCAGUUCCUCUGGUUUUGCUGUUUCACUCAGUUACUGCUAAGAAUUCCUGUCUCGACAAAACCAUAAUAGAGCUUGUUUAUUCUUUACUUGAAAAUGCAACUAAUAUUAACUGGUAUAAGCUAUGGAAAUGAUCAUAUGUGCACAACUCCUUACAGUGCUCAAAAAGUAAAUAAAAUCUAUGU